AUGUCACUUUUGAAGAAGCUUGGGAUAAAGCAUGAUCUAGUGGAGUUCUUUUUCACAACUGGUGAAACCAAAGAAGAGUACACAACUUUUCAGAAGGCUCGAUUUCCCAUUGCCCCUCAUGCAGUCAAUCAACCAUCAUCACCACCAUCACCACCCCUGAAUGGUAUGUCAAUUCCAUAUCAAGAGAGAAGCUUGCUGAGUUCAAUCAGUUUGUCCAAACUCUUCCAGCCAGCAUGUCUUCCAAACAAGCUUGGCGCCACUACCCAUUCACCACCUUCUUCCACAACUGCAGAGAGACACCUCAAGACAUCAAAGAGCUUUUUGAGAAAGCUAAAGUUCAGCCACCUUCAAGACCCUCUACAAGAUUGA